AUGAACCUCAAAGUAUCCAUACAUUCUUCAUACAUGGUGAGUUCUGAAAAACCCAUGUUGAAAAUGAACCAUAAACGCUUCCUUUUCACCAAGUUACCUCUAAUGGCGUCUGCUGUCCUCAUGGUCAUCUUCAUCAUCUUCAACCUCUACAUAAAAAACCCAUUUCAACAUUCAUCAAAUGUCCAAAACUACCCUUCAACAAAGCAAUUCAGCCUCCUAAUAGGGAUCCUAACUCGAGCAGAUAAACAUGAACACCGCCAUUUCCUUCGCCUCAUCUAUGGAAUCCAAUCCUCUCCCUUAGCUCAAAUAGAUCUUAAAUUUGUAUUCUGCAACCUCACAAAACAAGAACAAAGAGUGCUAAUCUCCCUCGAGAUCUUAAAAUUCAAUGACAUUAUCAUUCUCAACUGUUCAGAAAACAUGAACGAUGGGAAAACCUACACAUACUUCUCUUCACUUCCAAAUAUUCUAUCUCACCCUUAUGAUUAUGUCAUGAAAGCAGAUGAUGAUGUCUAUUUUCGUCUUUUACCACUCGCAUCAUCUCUCCAACCACUUCCAAGAUCAGAUUUGUACUAUGGGUUUGUGAUUCCAUGCCAAAGUAUGAAUCCGUUUGUGUCGUAUAUGUCCGGAAUGGGGUUUGUUUUAUCAUGGGAUUUAGUGGAAUGGAUUGCAAAUUCGGAUAUUCCUAGGAAUGAUACAAUUGGCCCAGAGGAUAAACUGGUUGGAAAAUGGUUAAAUCUUGGGAAAAAAGCAAGAAAUCGGGUUUCUAAUAAGCCUGCUAUGUAUGAUUAUCCUGGCAUGAAUGGAAGGUGUUCACAUGAGCUUAUUCCUGAAACAAUAGCUGUUCAUAAGCUCAAAAGAUGGGAUCAAUGGCUUGAUGUGAUUCGGUAUUUUAAUGUUACUAAAGAUCUUAAUACAUCGAAGCUUUACAAUGGUUUGAACUUUGACUCGAUUUUCAAUUUAAAUAUGUAA